AUGAUCUGGACAAUCCUUCUUCUCUUUAACGGCAUUCUGUUCUUUUUCUUGUUGUCUAACCGGACACGGGCAAAACGAGAGCCGCCUUUAGAAAAAGGGAUUAUUCCAUGGUUGGGACAUGCACUUCAUUUUGGAAAGGAUGCUGCCAAGUUUCUUACUAGAAUGAAACAGAAGCAUGGAGACAUUUUUACGGUUCGUGUGGCUGGACACUACAUUACCAUCUUACUGGACCCCCAUUCAUACGACUCUGUACUUCAAGAUACUGCAUCAUUGGACUUUUCACGCUAUGCUCAGGUGUUGAUGGACAGGAUUUUUAAUUUAAGGCUUCCAAAUUACAAACCUGACACAGAGAAGGCCAUAAUGAAAAGGCACUUCCAGGGCGAGAGUCUGUCAUGCUUGAACAACGUAAUGAGGAACCAUCUGCAAAUUCUGCUGACAUUGGAGACGGAGUCUAAAAACCAGCCAGACUGGAAACAUGACGGGCUUUUUCACUUCUGCUACAGCCUGCUAUUUCGGGCUGGCUAUCUCACACUUUUUGGAGGAGAAAAAAAUAGCUGCACUGAUGCUGCCAAGGUCUUUAUGGAGUAUGAGAAAUUUGAUGGUCUCCUGAUUAAGAUGGCUCGCACCACUUUGAAAUCAGGAGAGAAGCAGACUGCAGGCUCAGUGAAGCAGAAGUUGUGGGAGUUGUUGGCACAGGCUGGAUUGAGACAGGAAUCCAGUAUGUGGCUGCAGAACUACAGACGGCACCUGCAGGAGGAGGGUGCUGAUGAGGAGACCCAGAGGAAAGCCAUGCUUCUACAGCUCUGGGCCACACAGGGUAACACCGGUCCUGCAGCAUUCUGGCUCCUGGCUUUCCUGCUGACAAACUCAGAGGUCAUGAGAGAAGUAAGAAAAGAGUUUAACAAUGUCACAGUGCCUGGGACUAACACGCUCGACCUGAAUAAACCCACACCAGUGUUUGAUAGUGCUCUGGAGGAGACUCUCCGACUAACUGCUGCCCCCUUCAUCACUCGGGAGGUAAUGCAGAACAAGACAUUGCACAUGGCAGAUGGACAAGAGUAUAAUCUGAGGAAGGGUGACCGCGUCUGCCUGUUUCCUUUUGUAAGCCCCCAGAUGGACCCGGAAAUACACCACGAGCCUGAGAAAUUCAAGUACGACCGGUUUCUGAACACAGAUGGAACAGUAAAAAGAGAAUUCUUUAAAAAUGGGAAAAGGCUGAAGUAUUACACCAUGCCCUGGGGAGCAGGAACCAACGCAUGUGUUGGAAGGCCAUUUGCCAUCCAGUCUAUCAGACAGUUUUUGUUUCUGGUUCUGACUUACCUGGACGUUGAGCUGUGUGACCCUGAAGCUAAGGUACCUGACGUGGAUGCCAGCCGCUAUGGUUUUGGAAUGCUGCAACCAAACAAAGAUCUUUCAGUCCGAUACAGAGAAAGGCUUAUUGCCUGUACUGAAAUCAAGAGAUGACUA